GUUUAGUCAGUGUGUUGUGAGGAGUGAGGAUUGUCCAUAAUGUCCGUACUAAGUCAGAUAGGAUGUAGUAUUGUGGUAUGCUACAUGUGUUUAAGUAUGGGGUUAAUGUAUGCCUGGCCGUCAUGUACUUUGAAGUUAUUUUCAUCAAACAACACCACCCUCAACCGACCGAUGAGUGAAACGGAACUGGCGUUAUUUGGUAGCCUUUCCUCUAUUGGUGCACUGAUUGGCACACCUCUAUCUGGAUUCCUACUUGAUACGUUCGGUAGAAAAUACAGCUGUAUUCUGUUCUCUCUUCCGCAAGUGAUUUCAUGGAGUAUUGUGACAAUAAGUUCGAGUGUAGAAUUAAUAUUGGCAGCCAUGUUUCUGUCAGGUAUCGGUGGAUGUGCGUUACUGAUAGUCCCCGUGUACGUCAGUGAGAUCUGUCAGGAGUCUAUUCGGGGAAUGAUGACGUCAGGAGCGAUGAUAUUCUAUGGCCUAGGUUUACUUCUGUCGUAUUUGUUAGGAGGCUGCCUGGAUUAUAAUACGAUGAAUUAUGUAUGUCUUUUAUUGGCUGUUGUCGGAGUCUUAGCACUCUGGCCGCUUUGGGAGACUCCGAUACAUCUCAUGAAGAAGGGAAUGGAAGAGGACGCAGCGAAAGCUGUUGCAUUUUAUAGAAGAGUGAAGGAAACCUCCAAAGAAGUAACUCAAGAGAUAAAUAACAUGAAAAGGGCUCUCGAUCCGGAACUUGAUGAUUUGACACCGGAGGAAGAAAAAUUAAAACCUGAAUUGAAAACAGUUGAAAAAAUGUCCAAAUGGAGAUUUAUUAAGAAGUCACGUUCAUCUCGUCGUGCGUUGCUGGUGUCUUUAACGCUGUACCUCACAGCAGUCUUCCAAGGUCUGGUGGUGGUGCAGGUGUAUGCAGAGCCUCUCUUCGCGGAGGCUCUCCCGAACAUCUCCCCAACUGUCUCCAGUGUGCUGCUCGCAAUUAUAGCUGUGCUCGCUGGUUGUGUUGCUGCGUACUUGAUUGAUGUUGUUGGGAGACGGCCAGUGAUGAUCUACGCGUCUCUCUUAGCGGGAGUAUGUUGUUUGGCGCUGGGCAGCCAAAUCCAGUUGCAGUGGGGAGCGCACUGGCUUACUGGCGUCUUCAUGUACCUCUUCUGCAUCACGUUUACCUUCGGCGCUGGGACUGUGCCUUACGUGGUCUCAGCUGAAGUAUUUUUACCUGAGAUAAAGAGUUUAGCAUCGAUGGCGUGCGCACAAACAGCGUGGGCGUCAAACUUCGUGAUACUCUUCAUCUUCAAUCCUUUAGUACUAGCCAUCGGCUUAGGUCCUGUCUUCUACAUAUUUGCUGCAUUCUGCUUUGCUUCUGCUCUCUUCUGCUUCUUCUUUCUACCAGAGACGAUGGGUCUACCAGUCGAUGCGAUACAGACUUUGUUCGCACCGAAGAAAGGACGAAAUUCAUGCUGA